UUUUUUAGGGUUAAAGAAUUGAAAAUCACUGUCUGAUAGUGAGAGAGAGAUCGUCCAGUUUACUGCAAUUCAAAGCAACGGCUGCGAUAAGAUCUGGAAACUUAAGUUUCAAUCCAAACCCUAGACCCCACCCUAAAAGCUUCCGGAAUUCAUUUCCCCUUGAUUUUACAUCUUCUCUGUCCGUUUUGUGCUGUUUCUCUCUCUACAUCUCCUUCCAUAAUUGCGCUCACUUUCAAAUGGCUCCCAAGAGCCAGAAUAAGCCUCCUGUAGCUCCAACUCCUUCGAGUCCAUCCAACGGAAAGUUCACAGUGGAUGAGGUGUCAGUAGAUAAGAAAAGAAAGAUUGGGAAUCCAAAGAUGCCGUCUGGAGUUAGACCUGGUAGACAGGCGUUUGCUGUGGUAAAUGGGAGUGCAGAUCUGCCUCCAACCAGUGGACCGCCAAGUAGUGCUGGCUCAGAUUGUGGAGUUAUUGAGUUUAACAAGGAAGAUGUUGAAGCAUUGCUAGUUGAGAAGCUGAAAACUAAGAACAAGUAUAAUAUGAAGGAAAAAUGUGAUCAAAUGUCGGAAUAUAUUAGAAGGCUUAAGCAGUGCAUUAGGUGGUUCCAACAGCUUGAGGGAAACUAUAUUUCUGAACAGGAGUCACUCAAAAGCUUGCUAGAAUCAGCAGAGAAGAGGUGCAGCGAGAUGGAUAUGCUAAUGAAAUCAAAGGAAGAGGAAUUGAAUGCAAUCAUUAUGGAGUUGAGGAAAAAUAUUGCUGUGUUACAGGACAAUUUGAAGAAGGAGGAAUCUGAAAAAUCGGAAGCCCUUAAUUCUCUUAGUAGAGAGAAAGAGGCCAGGGUAGCAGCAGAGACACUGCAAGCAUCACUUUCAGAGGAGCAUAAGAGAGCUCAACAAGAUUUAACUACUGCCAAUCAAAAGAUUCAAUAUCUAAAUGAUACGUACAAGCGGUUGCAAGAGUAUAACACAAGUUUACAGCAAUACAAUAGUAGACUUCAGUCUGAGCUUGCUACUACUAAUGAGACACUCAAGCGUGUGGAGAAAGAGAAAGCUGCUGUAGUUGAAAACCUCAGCACAUUGAGGGGUCACUAUACUUCUUUGCAGGAACAGCUUGCAUCUUCUAGGAUUGCUCAAGAUGAGGCUACAAGACAAAAAGAAACUUUAGCUUCUGAGGUGGGAUGUCUGCGGGGAGAUCUGCAGACCAUGAGGAAUGAACGGGACUGUCAGCUAGCAAAAGUCCAGAUUUUAACAGAAGAAGUGAUAAAAUACAAGGAAUGCACUGGAAAAUCUGUUGCUGAGUUGGAUAACCUGACAGUGAAGUCUAAUGAGAUGGAGGCAAGAUGUUUGUCUCAAUCUGAACAAAUUAGAAGAUUGCAGGAACAACUUUCUUUUGCAGAUGCGAAGUUACAGAUGUCUGACAGGUCAGCUCUAGAAACAAAAUCAGAAUAUGAAAGUCAAAAGCAACUUAUCAACGAGUUAAAUCAGCGACUUACAGAGGCAGAAACAAAAAUUGUUGAGGGUGAAAAACUCCGUAAAAAAUUGCACAAUACAAUUCUGGAACUAAAAGGCAAUAUUAGAGUGUUCUGCAGAGUGCGCCCUGCAUUAUCUGAUGAUGCCAUUAGUGCAGAAAAGGUUGUAUCUUUUCCAACAUCAUUGGAAACACUUGGACGGGGCAUUGAGUUGUCGCAUAAUGGUCAAAAACACCCUUUCACCUUUGACAAAGUGUUCGUCCCUGAGGCCUCACAAAAGGAUGUUUUUGAUGAAAUAUCACAACUUGUCCAGAGUGCUCUUGAUGGUUACAAGGUCUGUAUAUUUGCAUAUGGCCAGACAGGUUCUGGUAAGACUUAUACCAUGAUGGGCAAUCCAGGGGCCGAUCAGCAAGGGCUAAUCCCACGUACAUUGGAGCAAGUAUUCCAAACAAGGCAAAAUAAUCACGCACAAGGAUGGAGAUACGACAUGCAGGUAUCAAUGCUUGAGAUAUACAACGAAACAAUUCGAGACCUUCUGUCUCCAAAUCGAUCAGGUUUUGAUGCCUCCAGAAGUGAGAAUGGAGGAAAGCAAUAUGCUAUUAAACAUGAUGGAAAUGGCAACACUCACGUGUCUGACUUAACAGUUUUGGAUGUUCGUAGCAGUAAGGAAGUUUCAUACCUUUUAGAACGAGCAGCGCAAAGCAGGUCUACCGGGAGGACUCAAAUGAAUGAGCAGUCUUCAAGAAGCCAUUUUGUGUUCACACUCAGAAUAUCUGGUGUUAAUGAGAGUACGGAGCAACAAGUCCAAGGUGUGCUGAACCUAAUUGACCUUGCGGGCAGUGAACGUUUAUCUAGAAGUGGGGCUACUGGAGACCGACUGAAAGAAACUCAGGCUAUCAAUAAAAGUUUAUCAUCUCUGAGUGACGUUAUCUUUGCAUUGGCAAAGAAAGAUGAGCAUGUUCCAUUCAGGAACUCAAAGCUGACAUAUCUUCUCCAGCCAUGCCUGGGUGGCGACUCGAAGACAUUGAUGUUCGUGAAUGUUUCACCAGACCCUUCUUCGGUGGGUGAAUCACUGUGUUCACUCCGCUUUGCAUCAAGGGUGAACGCUUGCGAGAUUGGGAUUCCAAGGCGGCAAACCAGCUUGCGCCCUUCAGAUUCUCGCCUCCCUCCAGAUUCUCGCCUCAGCAUUGGCUGAUCUGCUGAUGUUUUUACAGAAUUGAUGAUGAUCAUCAUAGUUCUCUUUCACCUUGUCCCCAUCCUGUGUGUGACAUCUGUAAUGCAUUUGAUUUUUAACUGAAUAUAUAUAAGCAUUUCCUCCUAACAAGCAGCAUAUCCCCCCUGUAUUUUGUAUAGUGGAGAAGAUACUGGCUUUGUAUCAGACCCCCCCACCCCAAAUUACAACAAUUAUUCACAUUUGGCUUCAUCAAGCUACUAUCUCCUACUGUACCGUACCAAUACUAAUUUUCGAAACUUGUCUUUUCUUGGCCAAUUUUUUUCUUU